GUCUUGCCCAUGGAAUGUAAACCGGAAAGAUUUCUCAAGCACCAUCUAUCGGUGGAAUUGUCUUCAUUACCUUUAGAGCGACUCUGCGUUACACCGACCGCAAGGAUAGGCAUAAUCUAAAACAAAGAUCGCGUUACAUACAAGUAUAAACAAAGAGUUCUGCUUUUUGUAAAUAAACAGGAUUUGUCUAAUAUUUUUUAAAAUGACGUGUAUAUAAAUACAUUUCCUACGGAAUAUUUAAAAAAAAUGUGAUUUACUAUUAAUUUUUAUCAGACAGAAUAUUAGGAGAUUUUGUUCCAACAGACGAUGAUAAAGCAUGUUUUACAAUAUGCUGAGCCUUUUCCCGCCGGUUCUCACACCAAAACAAGAACGAGAAGAAACGAAGUGGCGGAUCUAGAGGGAGUUGCCAGUUGGGGGGCUUUAACAUCCUCGGAGAGGGAUAGAGGAACCCCACUUAUCAAUAGUUUUUUUUAUUAUUAAAGUAAAACUAUCUCUGGUUACAGAUAAGUUUUAACUUUAGUUUUAUAUUUAUUUGUAAAAACCUCCACCAGAAUUCACCUGUGUAUCAAACUAAGUGUGGAGACGCAGAUGUACCUGUAAUAUGAGAGAAACGAACGACAACUCUGUUAUUGAUAUCAAUAUGUAUCUGUCACGAUUGACCCGAUUGGUUACAACCCAAGUAUUUGGUUCAUAGGAUUUACUUGAUUUAUCACAUUACAUUAUUUAUCAAAUUAAAUGGUUUAUCAUAUUAUGCCCUGAUUUUGGAUUUAAAAUCAUAUUUACUUCUCAAUUAAUUGUUUAAUGGAAUUUGAGAUCUCAGUAAUAUCUUAGAAACAUGACUUGUUUACUAUUACAUGUAACAUGUACUAAUAUUGGAAAACCACUCGGCUCGAACAUGCCAUUAGAGCUAUGCGACCCGUCAAUGAGGUCUAUUACAAACCCAUGUGUUUUCGUGUACAUCAUUAUGCUUGGAAAGUGAAACUGUAGGAUUCAACACAUAGUCGGAGCGAAACUACUCGACGUCGAAUCCUCCGCCACCUCUAUGUCAUACAUACGGUAAGGGGUUCACAAGCAGGGGCAGAUAUAAAAAAUAGUUCGCUGUUUUACUGUUUAAUUUGAUGAUUUUAAGGUAAAAUGUAUAAGAAGAAGUAGAAACACGAAAUAUUAAUUUAAAAUACCUUUUUCUUUUUUCGUCAAAGAAUGUUUUUUGUGAUGUAUUUUUGGAGAGUAGGAAUAUUUCGCAAUCCCGAACAUGGGCGAAGUAGUUCCAUCGACGCCAUAUUUAUUUACGUUUUUGUGUACUUUUUCUGCUCUGCUGGUUUCCUCGGAUUUUUUCCAUAUUCAACAGUGUAACCGACUUUUCCCUUCCUUGCAGUAGAGUUAUAUUCCAGAGAUGCAGGAAAAAAGUCUUAAAGACUUGACACUGGAGACCAGUGGAAAGGAUGCAGGGGCAUAUCCAAUGGGGAAAAUAGUAGUCGUCGUUGCUAAAGUAGGGCACACUGCCCAGUUCAAAGGCAGUAGUGGCACAAUGGGCAGUAUGCUGAACUUCAGUAUUGCAGACAAGACAGAUACAAUGCUGGCUACUCUAAGUGACGAAAGCCAAAUGGUGAAAAUCCAACAAGGAAGAACCCUUCAGCUCAGAAACUUCCUCGUUAAAGGAAACCGAGUUGUACUCUCAGCCCAUUCAAAAAUCAUGUAUGCGCCACCACUCAACUUGCCAAAGGAGCAGACAGAUAAAGCUGUUCUGCUAAUUCAACCAACCUCUCCAUCCAAAACAAUAAAAGAGGCUCUGGAAACGUCCCUACGGGAAAUUGUAUCGGUACAGGGACAGGUCAUUCGGGAUGAGGCUAUUAAAGUAGUUCCCGUUGGACAACAACAAGCAAACAUAAGAACUGUGUGCUUGAAGGACCAAGGGCACACCAUGGACGUCACACUAUGGAGAAAUCUUACUGAAAUGGACAUCAAAGUGGGCGAUUUCCUAGAGUUAACUCACUGCAUUGUCACAGAGUGGCAAAAGAAGAAAGCGUUAAACACUACAAGAAAUACUGUUAUCAAGAAAGUAGAACCACGUACAUUGGUGGUAAAGGGCGAAGUAGAGGCUUUUUCUUUUGGAGAUCAGGAAUUUGAACUAUGUCUGGUUGAGGAAAAUAUAUGCCAGGACAUUAAAGUGAAUAUUGGAACUUUCCAAGGCGAACUCGCAAAGAAAGUAGAAGAAGCAUCCACUUGGGAUAUUUCACAGUUAGAAAAUUGUGUCGUGUCCAUGCUACCAUUCCCAGUAGAAGCAACUAUGAGUGGAUCAGAUGUGCAAACAUUCAAAAUCCUUUGAAGUUAAAAAUUUGAUCCCAGUUAUUUGUUGAUGUUUCAAUCAAAUAGUUAUACAUGUACUAACUGGGUUUUUUUUUCUUAUCUUGCAACACAUGCAGUUACCAUGUAGUAAGUCAUUGAUAUUAGUAUUAUUUUGGUAGUUUACCACACUAGAUUUUUUUGUUGGGUCGAAUUCAUGUUUCAUUUUUGUAAAUUUACUGUAAGCCAAUUGUUAUUUAUGUCAUAUUUAAUUCGCAACUCCACAGUCUAAGAAGCAAUCCUGCACAAUUUUCACUACAGACGGUAAAUUUCACUACAAAUGCAAAGUAGAAAAAAAAUAAUUAGCAGAGAAAAUGGAGAUAAAAAUACUUGCCUAUUAUACAAGACCCAAUACUUUUAAAUAUAUAACAUGAAUAAAACUUGGUUUACAGUAUUGUAAGAUGAUGCUAUUGUUCAAAUAGUAAAAAAGAGUGGUUUCAUUUUCUUAGGCAGAAAAGUAAUUCCUGUUUAUCACUGUAUACCAGUGUGCCUUGCCAUGGAUUUUUCAUAUGUAGUUAAUGAUUUUAGUCUUGUGUAUUAAAAACUAUUUGUAUUUUCAUAUACAAAUACAUGUACAUCAUAAGAAAUUAUACCUCAUUUUCCCUUCUUGCCAACUCAUUUUUAUCAAAUCAUUUAAUAGUGCAAGUCAUAUUAUUUAGGAAAGUAUUUGGAAGUAUUUGUAAUAAUGCAUUCUGUGCCAAAAUUACACAUUUGUUAUAUUCUGUGCCAAAAACAAAACUAUGCAUACAUAUGUGCUAACUAGUGGUGCCUUAUCUAACAUAUUCAUUAAAAUGCCUUGUAAUAUGUUGAACUUAGCAGAAAUAGACAGGGCAUUUUCUUUCUUUAAAUCACAAUAACUGGAAUGUUCUUACAUCUUAUUCUCAAACUUUUGUUACCUAUAAUAAUCAAAUACAGUUGUUUCAUUUUUAGACCAUGAUGUGUCCAUAAUUGCAUAUGAUUGUGAAGAAACUUAAUGAUUCAGUAUGAUAGAAUAAAUUUGUCACUAAACAUGUACAUGUGUUUGUGUAUAUAGAAACAAGCUGUAUACUAAUACAGUGUUAGAUGUUUGUUUGUUUUAAUGCUGUUGCAUUAUUUUAUAUUGGACCAAUUUUGUUUAGUAUACAUUGCACAGGUACAUGCUUUAUGUAUACAAGGGUAAAUAUUGUUUUGUUCUGGUACCAAUUGCAUGGUUGUUCAUGAACUUUCCUAGUACUUUAAUGCUUAGAUGUUUCUUUUUGACAAGAGGACAUUGUAAUAGUGAUUAUACUGUUAUGCAUUUUGUAUUUGUCUUCUACCUCUUUCAGAUCUCAAACUUUUAUGUUUCUGGUUUUUUUUGAAACAUGAUUAUUUCUUAACAUUGAUAAUUUUUUUUUACCAUAUGUAUAUGAUUGUUAAAGUCAUUGUUUUAACACAGUAACUGAAAAGCAGAAAUCAUUAUGUGAUCAUAGUCAUACAUUUAUUAUUUUUGUUCUAUACACACUUGUAAUUCGUAAACAUUCCUCAAUGUUUUAAGGAGAAAUCUGAAAAGAUAUAUGUCCAUAAUUUCAUAAGAUUGUGAAAAACUGAACUGUUUUGUAGUUUGUGUCAAAUUGUCACUAAACAUGAACAUGUACUUGUGGAUUUAGAGACAAGUUGUAUAUAUUUACAAUUUUAGACGUUUGUUUGUUUUAAUGCUGUUGCAUUAUUUUAUAUUGGACCUAUUUUGUUUAGUAUACAUUGCACAGGUACAUGCUUUAUGUAUACAAGGGUAAAUAUUGUUUUGUUCUGGUACCAAUUGCAUGGUUGUUCAUGAACUUUCCAAGUACUUCUUAGAUGUUUCUUUUUGACAAGAGGACAUUGUAAUAGUGAUUAUACUGUUAUGCAUUUUGUAUUUGUCUUCUACCUCUUUCAGAUCUCAAACUUUUAUGUUUUUUUUUCUUUUUUUUUUUUUUUUUGGAUACAUGAUUAUUUCUUAACAUUGAUAUUAAUAAUAUUUUUUUUUACCAUAUAUGAUUGCUUAAGUCAUUGUUUUAACACAGUAACAGAAAAGCAGAAAUCAUCAUGUGAUCAUAGUCAUACAUUUAUUAUUUUUGUUCUAUACACACUUGUAAUUUGUAAACAUUCCUCAAUGUUUUAAGGAGAAAUCUGAAAAGAUAUAUGUCCAUAAUUUCAUAAGAUUGUGAAAAACUGAACUGUUUUGUAGUUUGUGUCAAAUUGUCAAUGAACAUGAACAUGUACUUGUGGAUUUAGAGACAAGUUGUAUAUAUUUACAAUUUUAGACGUUUGUUUGUUUUAAUGCUGUUGCAUUAUUUUAUAUUGGACCUAUUUUGUUCAGUAUACAUUGCACAAGUACAUGCUUCAUGUAUACAAGGAUAAAUAUUGUUUUGUUCUGGUACCAAUUGCAUGGUUGUUCAUGAACUUUCCAAGUACUUCUUAGAUGUUUCUUUUUGACAAGAGGACAUUGUAAUAGUGAUUAUACUGUUAUGCAUUUUGUAUUUGUCUUCUACCUCUUUCAGAUCUCAAACUUUUAUGUUUUUUUUUUUUGUUUUUUUUGUUUUUGAUACAUGAUUAUUUCUUAACAUUGAUAUUAAUAAUAUUUUUUUUUACCAUAUAUGAUUGCUUAAGUCAUUGUUUUAACACAGUAACAGAAAAGCAGAAAUCAUCAUGUGAUCAUAGUCAUACAUUUAUUAUUUUUGUUCUAUACACACUUGUAAUUUGUAAACAUUCCUCAAUGUUUUAAGGAGAAAUCUGAAAAGAUAUAUGUCCAUAAUUUCAUAAGAUUGUGAAAAACUGAACUGUUUUGUAGUUUGUGUCAAAUUGUCAAUGAACAUGAAUAUGUACUUGUGGAUUUAGAGACAAGUUGUAUAUAUUUACAAUUUUAGACGUUUGUUUGUUUUAAUGCUGUUGCAUUAUUUUAUAUUGAACUAUUUUUGUUUAGUAUACAUUGCACGGGUAGAUGCUUUAUGUAUACAAGGGUACAUAUUGUUUUGUUCUGGUAUCAAUUGCAUAAUUGUUCAUGAACUUUUCAACUACUUCAUUCCUUAGAUAUGACACAAUUUUAAAUAACAAUAGUACAUUGUAAUAUUGUUUAUACUUACUUGCAUUUCUGCAAUUUUUUUAUAUACAAGAUUACUUCUUAUCAUUGGUAUUCAUGUCAUUUUUUUUAUACCUAUAUCAUUGGUAGAGUGAUUUCUUUUCUUUAAAAAAGUAAUCGAAAAGCAUACAUAGUCAUCAAUUAUUACUUAAACAAAAUAUAAUUUGUAAUCACGUCUCAUUUUUUAAAAACAGAUUGUUUUGAACUAAUAAACUGAAAAGGAAUAUCACUUCUACCGGUAGUAUAAUACUACAUUUAAAACUGCCUGAUAUAUUGUUUGUCAAAUUUGUCAAGAUAUAUCUUUUUAUUGUAAGCAACAGUUCUCCAUAAACAAAUAGUUGUUAAAUAGCAAGCCCUAGGAAAAUUCUUGUUUUCAUACAGUUACAUAAAGUAACUAAGCAUAAUAUUUUGCUCUACUCAAAAAAUGUGUUCAAAAACAUUUAUUGCAUGUUAAUAAACUUGUUUUACUUUUAA